AUGAAACUUGUGAUUAGAAGACCCCCUAAAUUUUCGAAGGGACCGUAUUCAAGCUCAAGCAAGUCUCACUCUAGAGGAAGUUCAUCCCAAAAGAAAAGUAGUAGUGGGAGUGGUUCUGGUACUAGCUCUUUCAGAGGGCCGAUUAAAUAUUUCCGGUGUGGAGGGCCACACAUGCUGAGGGAUUGUCCACAUCCAAGGACGAACUGCGGAAAUUGUGGAAAGCUGGGGCAUACCGCCAAUGUGUGCUGGUCUCCAAAGAAGAGUGGCAGUACAAGCUCAGCUCAGAGACCUAAAUCCAGAGGGAGUACUGGGCCGAGCACUGGACCAAAGCCGAGCAUAUCAGGGCGAGUCUUUGCCAUGAGCAGGGCAGAGGCAUCACAAUCAGAAGAGCUGAUCUGA